GGGAGUUAAAACUCAGGGCUUGUUAAAACGCGAAUGCAAACUCUGAAGAGACGUCUUGUUAACUUUCAGACCACGAGCCAUGCCUCUGGUGAAGAGGAACAUCGAGCCCCGGCACCUGUGCCGCGGAGCCCUGCCCGAGGGCAUCACCAGUGAACUUGAGUGUGUCACCAACAGCACCCUAGCCGCCAUCAUCCGCCAGCUGAGCAGCCUGAGCAAACAUGCGGAAGACAUAUUCGGCGAGCUGUUUAAUGAGGCCAACAACUUCUACAUCAGAGCAAAUUCUCUGCAAGACAGGAUCGAUCGCCUUGCCGUCAAAGUCACCCAGCUGGAUUCAACAGUGGAAGAGGUGUCACUACAGGACAUCAACAUGAAAAAAGCUUUCAAAAGUUCCACAGUCCAAGACCAGCAGGUGGUUUCAAAGAACAGCAUUCCAAACCCUGUUGCCGACAUUUACAACCAGAGCGAUAAACCUCCUCCUCUGAAUAUCCUGACACCUUACAGAGAUGAUAAAAAGGACGGACUGAAGUUCUAUACCGACCCUUCCUAUUUCUUUGACCUCUGGAAAGAAAAAAUGCUACAGGACACAGAAGAUAAAAGAAAAGAGAAAAGACGUCAGAAAAGAGAGAGACACAAGCUGAAUCCUAACAGAGCCCAGCAAGUCAAUGUGAGGAAAGUGAGAACCAGGAGAGAAGAGUGGGAGCGGAGGAAGAUGGGCAUUGAGUUUAUCAGUGACGCAAAGACUCCGCCGCAGGCAGGGAGCGCGGGCCAGGACGGGACGCCCAGAGGAUCCCACGCCUCGGAUGUCACCGAUUAUUCGUAUCCGGCAACCCCCAACCAUUCUCUGCACCCGCAGCCCGUGACCCCUUCCUAUGGAGCUGGUGAUGCGCCAGCACACGGGCCCCCAAACCAGGCCCCCGAGCACGAGUACCGGCCGCCGUCGGCCUCGGCCAGGCACGUGGCCCUGAACAGGCCCCAGCAGCCGCCAGCUAGCCCCCUCCAAACGCUCUUGAAUCCCGUCAUAGUGAGUGACUCUGACCUGCGACCCAGAGUGCAGGAUGCGUCCUGCAGUGUCUUAGAGGCCUGUGCGAACCUCGGAGAUGUGACCCUCUGUUACUGCUUUAGUGACUCUGUGUUUCGUGUCUUUGCCAGGAUGCUCCCAGCACAGAUCAUUGAGUAUUACAACCCCUCCGGACCGCCGCCGCCGCCGCCCCCGCCCAUAAUCCCUUCCGCACAGACUGCUUUCGUCAGUCCCCUCCAGGUCCCCAUGCAGCCCCCCUUCCCGGCAUCCGCGGGCUCUUCCUACACGGGUCCUCCUCACCCUCCCUCUGGCGGGCUCGUUGUCACGGCCCCGCCGCCCCCGGGCCCCCCACCGCCCCCGCCAGGCCCUCCGGGUGCAGGCUCUUCGCUCUCCUCCUCCCCCAUGCACGGCCCCCCGGGAGCUGAGGCCAAGAGACAGGACGCUGCACAGCCGCCCAUCAGCGACGCCCGGAGCGACCUUCUUGCUGCUAUUCGGAUGGGAAUUCAGCUGAAGAAGGUGCAGGAGCAGCGGGAGCAGGAGGCCAAGCGCGAGCCGGUGGGCAACGACGUGGCCACCAUCCUGUCCAGGCGCAUCGCCGUCGAGUACAGCGACUCGGACGACGACUCAGAGUUUGACGACAACGACUGGUCCGACUGAGGGGGCCGGGCCGGGCGCGGGCGGCGUGUUGAGGAUGCAAGUGGUCCCAGCACCCGCGUCGUGGUGUUAAAAUCCUGUAGCUUAGCGGCUUUUGUAUCGAUGAUGUGAUAUUGCUUUUGCACAUCCGAGAAUUCUGGGUUUUUUCAGUAUUUACUGUGUAAUACUUAAGUGCCACUAAACAUAGCAAAUCGUGCUGCACAUGAGGAAACACGCUGUAACUGUUGCAUUGUCCUGACAACAGCCUUUGCAUCCUUUCUCUUGGCCGUGAAAGUGUUUCGUGCGGGUUGGGUUCACUCCCCUCGGUCACCCUAAUUCUGCAGACUUGCUGUGUGUCCUUGAAGCUGCCUGGUGUCAGGUCUCUGCAAGAUUAAUGGCUGUGUCAGAGUGAUGUCUUCCAGUCAGUGAGGUUGUUUCAACUUUUUUUUUUAAAUGCAUUUCAGAAGGAGAGUUUGGUUCUAGAGAGAAAGGUUUGACGAGCAGGAGAGUCCUAUCUUUCUGCUUCCAUUUCUUGGCCUGGUAAGCUCUGUGAAUUUGAGCCUUCUGUUGAAGAAUUGCAUUCCCUUUGCUCGCUUGAGAACCGUGGGCUCGGAAGGGCGCUCUCCAGGCAGGAGCCCCUGCGGGCGCUCAGGCGGUCAGUGCUCGUUGACCAUUUCUGUACGAGGUUUCAGCCGCACAGCAGUCACGAAAGUGGGGAGCCGUCCUUUAUCCUCCAGGGGCCGUUGGGGUGACCCUCAGGACACUCGGCAGCUGGGGGUCCAGCCUGCACAGGCCCGGGUGGUCUGGAGCUGGUUGCAGAGACCCGCACAACCUCUUUCCCAGAGCCGCGUCCCGGGGAAGCCAGCGGAGGCCUUGGUGCCGCAGAGAUGGCUUCCGAUGGCACCUCGCUCCACUCAGCCUAAAUCCUGAAAGCUUCCAUUGAGGUGGGAAUAGAUUUGGACAGCUUUUCGCCUUUCCUGGUGCUGUGGCCAACUAGGGCCCCAGCCUUCACUCUGUCCUAGAAGCACACAGGGUGGUGGGCACAUGAGACUCGACCGGGUCCCUCAGGUCAGAGGAGACCCUUAGAUGUAGUGCCACCUCCCUCCCCUUUUCCCCGAUGUGCUCACCCAGGACCGUGGGCCGGUUUCUGGCCAAGGCUGACCCCUUGCAAACUCAGGAGUGAGAGCUUAGAUUCCGCCAUUCUGGAGGAAAGGUAACUGCUUCUUUGGAAGAAGUAAAUGCCCCAGGCUUUGAGGUUAGAUCUGGCUUCACAGAUGCUCGAGGACACCUGACUCCCUGAGGACAUCUGGGCCACGUGUCAGACGGACCACGCCUCUUGGUGACUGUCAGUUGUGGGCAGAAAUCUGAAGCCAAAACAGAGCAGUUUGGGAGGAUGGUCGGGAUGGAAAUGGAGCCUGAUGGAUGGGUUUUGUCAAUGAGUUCUCCCAUGGGGGUCGCCGGCCCCCGGUCACGUCUGUGUCCCCGAGGGACGUUUAUGGCCUGUAGGAGGUGUGGUCCUUGUACAGAGCUUUCAGAACAGGCUUUUCGUCACUGGGUUUGGAUCUCUGAAAAGCCUCAGGUCCUGCCCCCUUUCCAAGUGCUCACGCCAAGGUAUCUGAGUCUUUUCGGCUCAAACCUGCUGUUCCGGCAUACGCUUCUUGAGUUUCUGUUUCUUGGAGCUAGGCACCGUAAUUUUAUUGACUGUACGUAGUAGUUAUCAAUGACUUUUUAGUUUCUUUCUUUAAUUUCUCUCUCCCUUCUUUUUUCAAUCGUGAAGGCCAACUGUGUUGGCAUUUUUCUUGGGACUUUUACCAGUUUGAGGAAUAUUUUGUCUUACAGUAUUUUGUCUUUAGUGUCACUUUUGGAUUAAGAAUCACCCGUAUAAUUCUAGAACUUAUAUUUGAUAAUGCUGCUUUGGUUUUUUUUUUUGGCCCUUCUGUUCUCAGGAUGGAGAGACCACAUAAAGCUAUUAUCCAUGUCAGGAUUUCUUCUAUUUAUAUCUUACUACAAUAAAAUAGUGGCACUUUACUCAUAAAUAUUCAUGAGCCUGUUAAUUACUGGUUGUCUUCCUGUAGUUUAAUCAACAAGUUGUUUUCAACUUGGUUUUCUGACUAGUGAGAAAGCUUUUUCCCUGAUGUAUUAGGCAGCCUUUAAAAGAAUGGAAAAGGACUAAAAUCCAGCUUAGACUAUUUUUUGCAGUAUUUUUCUCAACACAUUUGAUUUAUUCUAAAAAUGAAAUCCAGACUUUUUCUAAUAUGAUAUUACAGGAAAAGGAAAAAGUGACUAUUUUGAAUUGCCAGUUUUCAUUUUCAGAAAGUAUUUACAAAACAAACAGAGAUAGACGUUUAAAUGCAUACUUCAUGACUAUGAAUUUUACAUUUUAAAGUAGUUACAUGUUGUAAAGUCAUUUUAAAUUGUCCCAGUCCCCCGCCCCAAUCCCGUGCAUAUUUAGUUUUAAUUUCUGACAAGCUUUUUCUUCAUGUCAUAGGUCAGGCAGAGGGGCUGAGGUUCCUCAGGACCGCACAUUAACCGCACACACACGACGUGGUUGAUUUCCCAUUGUUAGCGCCAAACUGUAAGAUUUGGUCACUUAGGUUUUUCUUUGGUGAAAGUACACUGUUGGAGAAUUAGCGUCUUCAUUUCAGUAAAUUUUUAGAGUAUCAAAAGCUUUUCUGAGCACCAAGUGGCUAGGUUGUGAACGUUUUGUAAUAAUUUGCAGCUGAAAUACACAAUCCAUUUUAAUUCAUUGAAGACUCGUGGGAAUGUAUCAUCCAGGUAGCAAGUAAUUUUUGUUUUCCAAAGCGGAGUCUCUGUCUGUCAUCCUGCAGUAUUACCAAUGCUGUUGUAAAUUGAAUUUAAAGUGGUAUUAAAACAAAAACCUCCUGGUAAACAAUUUUUAUCUGUUUGUAUAUCUUACUAUAGAUUAUGUACAAGUAACAUCUAAAUAAAAUUACACUUUUAACCCUAA